UUCAUGAGCUACCAUCUACUCUUACAUCAACCGCAUCUUAUUCUUCCAUCCAUCUCAUUUAUCUAUCAAUUCUCAAUUUACACAUUCACACCAACAAAUGGAAAAUUCUUUGGGGAACCAUCAAACAGAAAUGAAUCUUAAGGCUACAGAAUUAAGGUUGGGAUUACCAGGUAGUGAUGAAGUGGAAAAACUUCCAUGCAAUUUUUCUGUUCUUAGAAACAACAAGAGAUCUUCUCCAGAAGAAGCAAGUGAUGUAGAUUCCAUUAGCAAGAGCAAAUUGAAUAGUUCUAAUGGUUCUUCUCAUACCACAAAUGAUGACCAAGAUAAUGCUCCACCUUCAAAGGCACAAGUAGUUGGAUGGCCACCAAUAAGAUCUUAUAGGAAGAAUAGUUUGCAACAAAAGAAGGGUGAAGAGGUUGGGAUGUACUUGAAAGUGAGUAUGGCUGGUGCACCUUAUUUAAGGAAGAUAGAUCUCAAAGUUUACAAGAGUUACUCAGAACUUCUCAAGGUUUUGGAAAAUAUGUUCAAGUGUACAAUUGGUGAAUAUUCAGAAAGAGAAGGUUACAAUGGAUCUGAAUUUGUUCCAACUUAUGAAGACAAAGAUGGUGAUUGGAUGCUUGUUGGAGAUGUUCCUUGGGAAAUGUUCAUGUCUUCUUGCAAGAGGUUAAGAAUUAUGAAAGGAUCAGAAGCAAAGGGAUUGGGUUGUUUUUGAACCAAGAAACAAAGGAAAUAACAGUGAAGCCAUUCAAGAGAGUUUCCUCUAAUUGUCCUCUCAAAAUCAGAGGCAUACUUAGCUGAUUAAAAAAGAUAGAGACACGUAGAAACUUCUUUUUUUUUUUUUUCUUUUUUUUUUUCACAGCCAAUUGCCUCUGAUUAUGCUUCUUUAAGUAUAAUAAUUCUCUUCUAAAUCAUCAAAGCCAGGAUGGAAAGAGAGAAUAUGAGAAGCAAAUGCUAUUUUAAAUGUACAGAGGAUAUAUACAUACAUAAUACUUCAUUUUGUCUUUUAUAUAUUUGUUCACGUAUAUAUAAGUCUAAAUAAAUAAUGUAUACAAGAGAAUCACCAAGAAGGUGGAACUUUAUUCUCUUUUUUCUGUAAUAUGGUUUGGUCUUGAUUUGAAAUUGAACUGUGUUUCUUUUUGCUUGA